AAGGAGAAGAUCCGGGAGAAGUUUGUGGAAGCCCUGAAGACAGAGUUUGCUGGCAAGGGGCUAAGGUUCUCGCGAGGAGGCAUGAUAAGCUUCGAUGUCUUCCCGGAAGGCUGGGAUAAGCGCUACUGCCUCGACAGUCUCGAUGAGGACAGCUUCGACAUCAUCCACUUCUUUGGCAAUGAGACCAGUCCUGGUGGGAAUGACUUUGAGAUCUAUGCGGACCCCCGGACUGUCGGCCAUAGUGUGGUCUCCCCUCAGGAUACUGUACAACGAUGCCGAGAACUUUUUUUCCCAGAGACAGCCCAUGAGGCAUGACGGUGACCACAGCUAAGCAUUGGGACCUUCAAAGAGCUCUGGCUAGGCCUGAAGAGAGAACCAUGGAGUGCCAAGGUUCCCAUUCCUCUGGACCAGCAUGUAGCAUCAUGUGGGGCACCACGAGGCCCACUCACACAGGACCAGGGUCUGUGGCAACUGUCCCAAGCCAGGUGGCUCCCCAUAAAUAAGACUUAUUCCUGCACUCCACUGAUGGCCCCUGGCUUCUGAUGCUGCUGGUUUCUGUAACAGAAUAGGUUUCACCCAGCUGGGAGAUAGUGGUGCAUGCCUUUAAUCCCAGUACUAGGGAGGCAGAGACGGGUGGAUCUGAGUUUGAGGCCAGCCUGGUCUACAAAGCUACACAGAGAAACCCUGUCCUGAAAAACAAACAAACAAAAAAAAUAGGUUUCACCCCAGAGGGAGGCAUGUGAGUUAUGCUAUGGACCGUGCUGGCCACAACUGACAAGGGAGGAGUGACAGGGAAGGGGCACCUUCCUGUCACAGAUUAAAGGACUGUCACAGAUUAAAGUUCCCAAGACAA